AUGGCCCAAAAACGCAACAACGCCAACCGCGGCGUCUCGCCAAACCCAAAGACAGCCACCACCACCUCUUCCUCAACCACCACCGCCCCCCUCCCUCCAACCCCCAACCCUGCCGCUCCCAUCCCAGGAAGCAGCAGACCAACAUCCUCCCACUCCGCCACCACCACCUCAGCCAAAACCUCCGCCUCCGCGCCCGUCGCCCAGACCUGGGACAAGGUCGUCUCCAACCUGACAACCCACUACCAGAAAUCCACACCCCAGCGGACGAAGCUGCUCGAUGCGUUUAUGGCCUUCUUGGUGGUGGUGGGGGUCCUGCAGUUUGUGUAUUGUGUCUUGGCGGGGAAUUACCCCUUCAACGCCUUCCUCUCCGGCUUCAGCGCGACAGUCGGGCAGUUUGUUCUCACCGCGUCGCUGCGCAUUCAGACCACCGAGGCGAAUAAGAAGGACUUUCCGGCGGUUUCUCCCGAGAGGGCGUUUGCGGAUUACGUCGUCUGCAGUUUAAUCCUGCAUUUCUUCUGCGUGAACUUUAUCAACUAG